GUUGGAUUACAAAUGGUUGCUCAGUUUAGGACGAAAGGUUUAGAGCCGUCCUCUUGAAACUAUCAGUUUAAAGCUCGUUUGAACAAUUGUUAAUUAUAGAUAAGCGAUUUUAAUUCAAGCGAUAUUAGUUGAAAACACUGGUUGAUUUUUGCACCAUGCCCAUGCCGGCCUUGCCGCUGAACCACCAGAAUGCUGUUGAGCCAAUGCAAGUGGAUGUGUCUGAAGAGAAUGAAAAUGCGGAAGAAGAACCCUAUAUUGUAGAAAAUCCCACUUUGGACAUAGAAACCUACACAAGUAGCUAUCAUGGAAUGGCCAAGUUGUCCCGCCUCAUGUUUAUUGCCGAUCAUUGCCCAUCUCUGAGAAUUGAAACACUGAAAAUGGCAAUUGCAGCAGUUCAGGAAACGUAUAAUGUCACAUUAUAUCAACAGUUGCACAGGAAACUACAAGAAGCAAUAUCUGGACUUACACCUGCACAGAUUCAAGCCAUGGAACUUCCAAGCUAUGACAUAGCUUGGGCUGAAAGCAAAAUGAAGAAAGCCGCUCUAAAGUUGGAGAAACUUGAUACUGAUCUGAAAAAUUAUAAGGCAAAUUCCAUUAAAGAAAGUAUUCGCCGCGGCCACGAUGACUUGGGAGAUCACUACUUGGAUUACGGUGAUUUGUCUAAUGCCUUAAAGUGCUACUCUAGGGCCCGAGACUACUGCACAAGCAGUAAGCAUGUAAUUCACAUGUGUCUCAAUGUGAUCAAGGUUAGUGUCUACCUACAAAACUGGUCCCAUGUUCUCAGUUAUGUUAACAAAGCAGAAUCAACACCAGAUUUUGCUGAGUCUUCAAAUAGCAAAGACGGUGGCCAAGCUUUGGUAACUCAUUUACAAUGUGCAGCGGGUCUCGCUGAACUUGCAACCAAGAAAUACAAGUGCGCAGCUCGACAUUUUCUUCAAGCCAAUAUUGAUCACUGUGACCUUCCAGAAUUGCUUUCGCCAUCAAAUGUUGCUGUGUUCGGCGGAUUGUGUGCACUCGCCACAUACGACAGAGCUGAACUUCAGAAACAUGUGAUUUCUAGCAGUUCUUUUAAACUUUUCCUGGAAUUGGAACCGCAAUUGAGAGACAUUAUCCACAAAUUCUACGAGUCCAAAUAUGCCUCCUGUCUAAAGCUACUAGAGGAAAUGAAGGAUAACUUGUUGCUGGACAUGUAUCUCGCGCCCCAUGUGCCUGCUUUGUACACUAAAAUCCGAAAUAGAGCUCUGAUUCAGUAUUUCAGUCCCUACAUGUCAGCAGAUAUGAGGCGAAUGGCAGAGGCGUUUAAUACCAGUGUGUCUGCGCUGGAAGACGAGCUAAUGCAAUUAAUUCUCGACGGACAAAUCCAGGCGCGAAUUGAUUCUCACAACAAAAUUUUGUUUGCGAAAGAUGCCGACCAGCGCAGUUGCACAUUUGAAAAGUCGCUCAAUCUGGGCGAGGAAUUCAAAAGAAGAACCCGGUUGCUUGUCCUUCGAGCUGCCGUCUUGCGCAAUCAGAUACAUGUCAAAGUAAUUUGACUUUCAUGAGUUCGCCUAGAGAUAGUGGAGGACAAACAACUGAAGUUGCUAUUCCUUCAUCCAGUGGCUCGUCGCCUCGCAACUGAGACAGCACUUGGCAACCAGUCUACUCUGCGAAACACUUGAAUCCUUGUCAAUCUGGUGUGUUGUCUUUUUUCGUCCUUCUUUUUCAAUUGUGUAAAAUUGUUGAAUUAUCCUCCACUACACUCUUUUUUUCACUCUUUUCUGGUCGUGAGAGACGUCAGUUGUUACGGUCUCUUGGUUUGAUAACAAGCUGUGUUGUGUGAAUUUUCUGCCCCCUGUAUUUUUUAUUGUUUAUUUUCCUUACCAGGGAAGGAAUAAGGUAUCUAUCUUAUUUGUGGCAUCGUAAUUAGUCUUGUCUUUUGAGAUGAAAACAGCAAACGGAGAGACAAUACAGAUUGUUUAUAACAUUUUAA